AUGGCGUUGGGGGGCAGCACGGUCGCCGGUCGCCGUCGCCACGUGCUGCUAUUCCCGCUGGCGUACCAGGGUCACAUCAACCCCAUGUUCCGGCUAGCCGGCAUCCUCCACGCCCGCGGCUUCGCCGUCACCGUCUUCCACACCCACUUCAACGCCCCGGAUCCAUCCCGCCACCCAGAGUACCGCUUCGUCCCCGUCCCCGACGGCAUGUCCGGCCCAGCACCCGUCGCUAUCGAGGACGUCGUCUCCCACAUCCUCGCGCUCAACUCCGCGUGCGAGGCGCCCUUCCGUGACCGCCUGGCCGCCGUCCUGGAAGAGUACUCCAGGGACGCCGUGGCGUGCAUCGUCGUCGACACUCACCUGCUGUCCAUGGUGGAGGUGGCCACGAAGCUCUCCGUGCGCACCCUCGUCCUCCGCACUGGCAGCGCCGCCUGCCUCUCGUGCUUCGUCGCCUACCCUCUCCUCAUCAAGAGAGGCUACCUCCCUGUGCAAGAGUCGGAGCUGGAGACGGAGGUGACCGAGCUGCCGCCGUACCGGGUGCGCGACCUGAUGCAGCUCGGCAGGCGCCACGACCUGACGUGCAAGCUGCUAGAGCGCGUGGUGGGGGCCGUGAAAGCGUCCUCCGGGUUAAUCCUCAACACUUUUGACGCGCUGGAGCGGCGGGAGCUGGUGAAGCUCCAGCGUGACCUCGAUACGCCGGUGUUCGACAUCGGCCCGCUCCACCUGUUCUCGCCCGCCGCCGCAGCCGAGAGCAGCCUGCUGCGGCAGGACCGGAGCUGCCUGAAGUGGCUGGAUGCGCAGCCAGCGGCAUCCGUGCUGUACGUGAGCUUCGGCAGCCUGGCGUGCAUGUCAGCGCGGGACCUAGUAGAGACUGCGUGGGGCAUCGCCGGCAGCGGCGUGCCGUUCCUCUGGGUGGUCCGGCCGGGCCUUGUAGCCUCGGACGGGCUGACGCGGCUGCCGGACGGGUUCGAGGCGGCGACGAGCGGGCGCGGGAUGGUGGUGGAGUGGGCGCCGCAGGAGGAGGUGCUCCGGCACGCGGCCGUGGCCGGGUUCUGGACGCACGGCGGGUGGAACUCGACGACGGAGAGCGUGUGCGAGGGGGUGCCGAUGCUGUGUCGCCCGCACUUCGGCGACCAGAUGGGGAACGCCAGGUACGUCGAGCACGUGUGGAGGGUGGGCUUCGAGGUCGCCGGCGCGCUCGAGAGGGGCGGCGUGGAGGCCGCCAUCCGUCGGCUCGUCACUGGGAGCGAGGGAGCGGAGAUGCGGGCCAGAGCCAGCGAGCUGAAGAAGGCGGCGAAGGAGUGCACCGGCGAGGCCGGCUCGUCGGCCCUCGCCAUCGGUAAGCUGGUCGAUCACAUGCUGGUACUAGUACUGUAG